AUGGUAGAAGAGAAUUUGCGAGUGAAUGCAACUCAAAUCACUAUUUACCACGUGCUGCAUUCAGGUGUUUCAAAUUCACUGCACGAGAAGUCCUCGCGACCAAGCAUGUCUGACAAAACGCAGCUCGCGAAUGGCAACUGGAGACUGAAUUACACCACGGGGGAUUUGUUCUCCUGUCCCACGGACGAGACGCUGGCUCACUGCAUCAGUGAGGACUGCCGCAUGGGGGCAGGCAUCGCGGUGAUGUUCAAGCGGAGGUUCAGUGGGGUCGAGGAGCUCAAGGGACAGAAAAAGCUUGUGGGGCAGUGUGCUGUGCUGAAGAGAGGACAACGUUUUGUGUACUAUUUGAUCACCAAGAAGAAGGUGAGCCAAAAGCCAACCUAUGACAACUUGAGACGGAGCUUGGAGGACAUGAGGGAGCACUGUAUUAAAAAUGGAGUCACCCGGAUUUCAAUGCCUCGUAUUGGCUGUGGCCUGGAUCGACUGAAGUGGGAAAGAGUUUCAGAGAUAUUGGAAGAGACCUUUGCGGCCACGGAUAUCUCCAUCACAAUCUACAGCCUCCCUGUAAAAACAGAGACCUUGGUGAUGAAGGAAAACACAUCCAGAUGA